CCUCAGCAAGUUCUCGAGCUCCUUCAUGCUUGAUAAGGCUUGAAUAUUAGUGAUCCAAUACCUGUUCGGAGCGGUCGCUAACCAACCAGGCAUUGCCAUGUCAUAGCAUCUAUUGACCCCGCAUUCGUGUCACAAUGAGGACCUUUCGGAAUCGAAAAAGUACUGCAUAGCAACAUUGGAUGCUCAAGUCUCAGAAUUCUUCAUGAGAGGUGAAAUGGGGAAAUCUAAAACCAACUUCUACGUGGUGUUUUCUGGACGCAUUGAAGAGUGUACAGUUUUCUCGUCAUGGGGAGAUGUACAUCCACGGAUUUCAGGUUGUGACUCUAAGAUCAAGGGUUUCAAAACCGUUGAAGAUGCUCGGAAAUAUAUGGACGAGCUAGGGCUUAAAUGCAAGGAGGACAUCAAAGAUACAGCGCUAGACACUACACCAACAAGGAACAGCUAUGCUUAUUAUGCAGUUGCUAAUGGAAGGUUUCCGGGCAUAAAGCGCAUAUGGUAUGGGGAGGCAGGAGCUAAGGAUGAUACCGAUCAGUUUAAUCAUACCUGUCAUAAGCAUUUCCGGACAGAAGCUCAGGCAAAAGCAUUCAUUGAGGAUUGGAAAAAUGCGUACGCUGAUGUCGUAUGUCGAGCCACUGUAGAAGCACUGGAACGAGGAGCAAAACCCUCUGAUCUGGACUUUGUUGUUUUGAUUGAUUGGAAAGAAGCAUACGCGGACGCGGUGCGCCUAGCCACCAUAAAAGCACUGAGUGAAGGGACCCUACCUUCUGAAUUGAACUUUGAUGUUCUAGUUGAUUGGAAAAAGAAUAUGCGGAGGCGGUGCGCCUGGCCACCAAAAAGGCACUCGAUGAUGGAUUACGACCUUCCGACUUUGACUUGAUUAGAGCGAAGCCCUCAUUUAAUCAAGACUUCGCAGAUGAGUUCAAGGAAAAGCUUAGGCGAGU